AAUUUAUUUCACAGGUCUGACUCUGAGUUCAGCGACAGCCCAUCAGUGCAGAUCGAGCGCCAGCCCAAGCCCAAGAGAGCCAAGGAGCUGGCCAAGCGCAAAUCCUCAGCUAACAAAAGCGUUAGCAAUUGCCGUUCAAGGUCUGACUCUGAGUUCAGCGACAGCCCAUCAGUGCAGAUCGAGCGCCAGCCCAAGCCUAAGAGAACCAAGGAGCCGGCCAAGCGCAAAUCCUCAGCUAGCAAAAGCGUUAGCAACGACCAUUCAAGAACCAGUAAGAAAAAAACAACUGGCGUUUUCGACGUGUUCAACCUACAAGACGGUGAACCGGUCCUCGAACGACGUAGCUCAACGAAGCCAGCGUCGGUGUUGUACAACCGCGUGGCUAACGGGCAGACGCGGCGCACCGCGCAUCUCGACGGCGCCUUCUACGUGGAGCUGAAAGUGUUCAACGCGGCGGACGUGGACGCGGGCGGCGACGACCUGUGGAAGAAGUCGUUGCUGUGGCUGAAGCUGCGCACCGACGAAGACACUGCGCACUGGGAUCGGAUCCAAAAGUUUGUGAGGGAGGCUAGCUCUCUGUUCAACGAAUCGGAGGCCACAUUGUAUUCGAAUAACAUUAAAUUUAAAUAGGUGUGUAAAUUACAUUUAUA